AAAAAAAAAAAAACCACCAGGUUCCCAAAUGUCCCUUCAGAUUUGUGAGUCAGACUCCCUGGACUAGGGUCUGGGUAUCUGGAAGGUUAGACAGCUCCCCAGGCCCAGGGUUUGGAAGCCCAAGGGUUAGGUGAUUUUAAGGUUCCUCCCAGCCUUAAUUUAGACCGCAGCUCUAGAAGAAGCACUUUCAGGAGUGGCCGGAGGAGCAUUGCAGGAGCUGGGAGUGGAAGGAGGCUUUGGACUUGGCAGAAUUAGAAAUCUUGCCACUUAGCAGCUAUGUGACUUCAGGCAAGUUAUACAACUGCUCUGAACCUGCUUCCUCUGUAACAUGGAGGUAAUAAUCCACAUCUCCCUGGUUCACUGAAGAUGCAGUGGGUCAUAUAUGUGGAGAUGCUUUGUAGAUGGGAUGUUGCUGCCCACCAGAGGGGAGUGGACGAGUGGCCCUGCCCACACCUCCCUGUCCCCCAGUCAAUCUACUGUAUUCCUGUGAAGUUCAAAGUGAUCCUCCCAGUGAUCAGGGCCCAUUCAUCUUCCUGCUCCCCCAAACCAGCUCCUGGGGAUCAGCCAGGGCCCUGAGUCCCUAGUUCCUCUGGGAGUCAGACCUGCCUGGAUCUAAAUCCCAGCUCAGCCCUACCAGCUGAGGGAGUUGCUCAGUAAAUGUUUACGUAGCAUCCAGAGCCCAGGCCCUGGGAUCAGGGGAUACAACGGUAGACAAGACAGACUCUGUCCUUACCCCUGAGAGCCCACACUCGGGGAGAAGGCACACUAAACAGCCAGUCACACAAGUAAUUGACUACAGUCCCGGUAAAUACUGUGAAGGGGAAAUAAAAGGGGCUCUGAAAGUACGUGGCAGGGCCGAGCUGAGGCUAGAGGUGGCAGGGGAGCAGAGAAUGUCCCUUUUCACGUUCUUAAUCUCCCUCCCUCUUCCACAUCCUACCUGGGUCCCACUUUGGGGUCUGGAGAAGAAUGAGAGAGAGCCUUAUGGAGAAAGGCUGAUUGCUCUGUGUGCCUCAUUCGUUCAGUAGAUAUUUUUUGAAGCACAUUUAUGGGCCAUGGUGUUGGGGGAUAUACACUUGACAGUCAGCAGAACGGAAAUCCUUGCCUUCAUGGUGCUUACCACCUUCCAAUGGAUGGUUUCCUUGACUGUAAAAGUGGGGGUGAUAAUCGUAUUGAUUUCAGGUUUGCAGGGGGGGUUAGAUGAGAUAAUCCAUAUAAUGAACUUAGUCCAAUGUCUGGCAACAGAGAAAGUGCCCCCAGGGCAUGAACUUUUAUUGUUGUUGACUCCUGGUAUGAUUGUUGAACCUCCGGCCUCAGGCGCUCUAAAGUUUUUCUCUGCUGCUCUUAUCCCACUAAUAAUUACAUCACUUAUGAUUGUCUCAUCAGUGUUUGUCUACCCAGUGUUUGUGUACAGUAGGCACUUCACAAAUAAUGAGUAUAUGAAUGAAUGAAUGAAUGUUACUUCAUCUCUGAGCCUCCAUUUCCUCAUCUGCAAAAUGGGGUUAUUAAUAGCCCCUACCUCACAGGAUUGAUAUGAAGAAUUAAAUGAAACGAUGCCUGGACAGCUUCCAGCCCAGUGCCUGGCGCCCAGUAGGUGCUCACUAAACCUGAGCUGCGAUGGUCCUUUCCAGGCGCUGUCCACACCCCGAGGCCUGGGCUCAGGCCAAAGUUGCUUCACAACACCCCCAGCUGACAGCCAGCGACUGGCAGAGCCCCCAGGCACGGGGGCCCUCUCUCUUCCAGAGAUCUCCAGUGUGACAGCCCAGGCGGCAGAGCCGAGGGUCCUGGUCCCGGCUUCUCGCACCCUCAUGUCAGUCCCGGCCCCGCCCGGCGGCCCUCGGAGGACAAGGUCAGGAUGCGUGUGAAGCCCCAGGGCCUGGUGGUGACUUCCAGUGCCGUGUGCAGCUCUCCUGACUACCUCCGGGAGCCCAAGUACUACCCCGGCGGCCCCCCCACCCCCCGGCCCUUGCUUCCCGCCCGGCCCCCCGCCAGCCCACCCGACAAGGCCUUCGCCCACACCUUCUCCGAGAACCCACGCCCACCCCCACGCCGGGACCCCAGCACCCGGCGCCCACCAGUCCUUGCCAAGGGGGACGACCCGCUGCCCCCGAGGGCGGCCCGUCCUGUCUCCCAGGCCCGCUGCCCCACACCCGCGGGAGACAGCAGCAGCAGCUCCCGAAGGCGCUGGGACAACGGGCGGGCGACCCUGCGUCCGGUGGUCCAGCUGAUCGACAUCAUGAAGGACCUGACCCGGCUCUCCCAGGACCUGCAGCACAGCGGCGUGCACCUGGACUGUGGUGGUCUCCGGCUCAGCCGCCCCCCGGCCCCGCCCCCCGGGGACCUGCAGUACAGCUUCUUCUCCUCGCCCAGCCUGGCCAACAGCAUCCGCAGCCCGGAGGAGCGGGCCACCCCCCACACCAAGUCCGAGAGGCCCAGCCACCCCCUGUACGAGCCUGAGCCUGAGCCUCAGGACAGCCCCCAGCCCGGCCAAGGCCACAGUCCCGGAGCCACGGCCGCGGCCACUGGUCUGCCACCAGAGCCUGAGCCCGACGGGCCCGAUUACUCAGAGCUCGCUGACGCCGACAUCCUUAGUGAGCUGGCCUCCCUCACUUGCCCCGAGGCCCAGCUGCUGGAGGCCCAGGCCCUCGAGCCGCCGUCGCCUGAGCCCGAGCCUCAGCUCUUGGGCCCCCAACCCCGCUUCCUGGACCCGCAGGCUCUAGAGCCGCUCGGGGAAGCUUUGGAGCUGCCGCCCCUGCAGCCCCUGGCUGAUCCUCUGGGGUUGCCGAGCCUGGCGCUACAGGCUCUGGACACCCUGCCCGACUCCCUGGAGUCGCAGCUGCUUGACCCGCAGGCACUUGACCCCCUGCCCAAGUUGCUUGACGUCCCCGGCCGCCGCCUGGAGCCCCAGCAGCCCCUGGGACCCUGUCCACUGGCCGAGCCCUUGCGCCUGGACUUGUGCUCACCCCAUGGCCCUCCGGGGCCUGAGGGUCACCCCAAAUACGCCUUGCGGCGCACCGAUAGGCCAAAGAUCCUGUGUCGCCGACGGAAAGCCGGACGGGGACGCAAGGCAGAUGCUGGCUCCGAGGGCCGCCUGCUCCCCCUGCCUAUGCCCACCGGGUUGGCCGCCGCACUGGCCGAGCCACCCCCGCCGCCUCCUCCACCGCCUCCUGCCCUGCCCGGGCCAGUUCCUGUCCCGGAGCUGGAGCCCGAAGCUUCCCAGACCCCUGUGGUCCCUCCCCGCAAAGGCAAGUGCCGGGGCGUCCGGCGCAUGGUGGUGAAGAUGGCCAAGAUCCCCGUGUCCCUGGGGCGGCGGAACAAGACCACGUACAAAGUGUCAUCUCUGAGCAGCAGCCUGAGCGUGGAGGGCAAAGAGCUGGGCCUGCGCGUGUCCGCCGAGCCCACCCCGCUGCUGAAGAUGAAGAACAAUGGCCGCAACGUGGUGGUGGUCUUCCCACCCGGCGAGAUGCCCAUCAUUCUCAAGCGGAAGCGCGGCCGCCCUCCCAAGAACCUGCUGCUGGGCCCCGGCAAGCCCAAGGAGCCGGUGGUGGUGGCGGCCGAGGCGGCCACCGUAGCAGCAGCCAGCAUGGCCAUGCCGGAGGUAAAGAAGCGCCGGCGGCGGAAGCAGAAGCUGGCGUCCCCGCAGCCGUCCUACGCGGCGGACGCCAACGACAGCAAGGCCGAGUACUCAGACGUCCUCGCCAAGCUGGCCUUCCUGAACCGUCAGAGUCAGUGUGCCGGGCGGUGCUCCCCGCCCCGCUGCUGGACGCCCAGCGAACCCGAGUCCGUGCACCAGGCGCCCGACACCCAGAGCAUCUCCCACUUCCUACAUCGCGUACAGGGCUUCCGUCGGCGAGGUGGCAAAGCAGGCGGCUUCGGUGGCCGGGGAGGGGGCCAUGCAGCCAAGGCCGCCCGGUGCUCCUUCAGUGACUUCUUUGAGGGCAUCGGGAAGAAAAAGAAGGUGGUGGCCGUGGCAGCCGCGGGGGUCGGGGGCCCUGGCCUCACCGAGCUGGGGCACCCGCGCAAGCGAGGCCGGGGGGAGGUAGACGCCGUAACUGGGAAGCCCAAACGCAAGAGGCGGUCCCGGAAGAACGGGACUCUGUUCCCAGAGCAGGUGCCCAGCGGCCCCGGCUUCGGGGAGGCGGGCACUGAGUGGGCCGGGGACAAGGGUGGCGGCUGGGCCCCUCACCACGGGCACCCAGGCGGGCAGGCUGGCCGAAACUGUGGGUUCCAGGGGACCGAGGCCCGGGCCUUUGCCUCCACUGGACUAGAAAGCGGGGCUUCAGGCCGUGGCAGCUACUACAGUGCGGCCGCACCCGCGGGCCAGGCCGAGCUCAGCCAGGAGCGGCAAAACCUCUUCACCGGCUAUUUCCGCUCCCUGCUCGAUUCCGACGACUCCUCCGACCUCUUGGACUUUGCUCUCUCGGCCUCUCGGCCCGAGUCCCGGAAGGCAUCAGGCACCUACACAGGGCCCCCCACCAGCACCCUGCCUGCCCAGCGGGGCCUGGCCACCUUUCCCAGCCGGGGAGCGAAGGCCAGCCCAGUAGCCGUGGGCAGCGGCGGGGCUGGGGCUGAGCCCUCCUUCCAGCCGGUGCUGUCCGCUCGCCAGACUUUCCCACCCGGGCGGGCAGCGAGCUAUGGGCUCACCCCGGCCACUUCAGACUGCCGGGCUGCAGAGACCUUCCCCAAGCUGGCGCCCCCGCCUUCCGCCGUGGCCCGCUCACCUACCACCCACCCGCCGGCCAACACCUAUCCCCCGCAGUACGGCGGCUAUGGGGCUGGACAAAGCGUAUUUGCCCCGGCUAAGCCCUUCACGGGCCAGGACUGCGCUAACAGCAAGGACUGCAGCUUUGCAUACGGCAGCGGCAACAGCCUACCUGCCUCACCCAGCAGCGCCCACAGCGCCGGCUACGCCCCACCGCCCACCGGUGGCCCCUGCCUGCCACCAAGCAAGGCCUCCUUCUUCAACAGCUCUGAGGGGGCCCCCUUCUCUGGUUCAGCCCCCACACCUCUGCGCUGUGACAGCCGGGCCAGCACGGUCUCGCCCGGCGGCUACAUGGUGCCCAAGGGCACCACGGCCUCUGCCACCUCCGCCGCCUCCUCGUCGUCCUCAUCCUUCCAGCCCUCGCCUGAGAACUGUCGGCAGUUUGCGGGGGCUUCUCAGUGGCCUUUCCGGCAGGGCUACGGAGGCCUGGACUGGGCCUCGGAGGCCUUCAGUCAGCUCUACAAUCCCGGCUUCGACUGCCAUGUCAGCGAGCCCAACGUGAUCCUGGACAUCUCCAACUAUACCCCGCAGAAGGUGAAGCAGCAGACAGCUGUGUCUGAGACCUUCUCCGAGUCCUCCUCCGACAGCACCCAAUUCAAUCAGCCGGUCGGCGGCGGUUUCCGGCGUGCCAACAGCGAGGCCUCGAGCAGCGAGGGCCAGUCGAGCCUGUCCAGCCUGGAGAAACUGAUGAUGGACUGGAACGAGGCCUCGUCCGCCCCCGGUUACAACUGGAACCAGAGCGUCCUCUUCCAGAGCAGCUCCAAGCCUGGCCGUGGCCGGCGGAAGAAGGUGGACCUGUUCGAGGCCUCGCAUCUGGGCUUCCCGUCGUCCGCCUCGACCACUGCCUCGGGCUACCCGUCCAAACGGAGCACGGGGCCCCGGCAGCCUCGGGGUGGCCGGGGCGGUGGCGCCUGCUCGGCCAAGAAGGAGCGGGGCGGGGCGGCGGCCAAAGCCAAGUUCAUCCCCAAGCCGCAGCCCGUCAACCCCCUGUUCCAGGACAGCCCGGACCUCGGCCUGGACUACUACAGUGGGGACAGCAGCAUGUCCCCGCUGCCCUCCCAAUCGAGGGCCUUCAGUGUGGGCGAGCGAGACCCCUGUGACUUCAUGGGACCCUACUCCAUGAACCCAUCCACGCCGUCCGAUGGCACCUUCGGCCAAGGCUUCCACUGCGACUCGCCUAGCCUGGGUGCCCCUGAGCUGGAUGGCAAGCAUUUCCCACCGCUGGCCCACCCGCCCACGGUGUUUGAUACAGGUCUGCAGAAGGCAUACUCACCCACCUGCUCACCCACCCUGGGCUUCAAGGAAGAGCUGCGGCCGCCGCCCACAAAGCUGGCUGCCUGUGAGCCCCUCAAGCACGGGCUCCAGGGGGCCAGCCUGGGCCACGCGGCUGCAGCCCAGGCCCACCUGAGCUGCCGGGACCUGCCGCUGGGCCAGCCUCACUACGACUCCCCCAGCUGCAAGGGUACGGCGUAUUGGUACCCGCCAGGUUCAGCUGCCCGCAGCCCACCCUACGAAGGCAAGGUGGGUUCAGGGCUGCUGGCUGACUUCCUGGGCAGGACGGAGGCCGCGUGCCUCAGUGCCCCACACCUGGCUAGCCCACCGGCCACACCCAAGGCCGACAAGGAGCCGCUGGAGAUGGCCCGGCCGCCCGGCCCACCCCGUGGCCCCGCUGCAGCCGCUGCUGGCUAUGGGUGCCCACUUCUUAGUGACUUGACCCUGUCCCCCGUGCCGAGGGACUCGCUGCUGCCCCUGCAGGAUACCGCCUACAGGUAUCCAGGCUUUAUGCCGCAGGCGCAUCCCGGCCUGGGUGGGGGCCCCAAGAGCGGCUUCCUGGGGCCCAUGGCGGAACCUCACCCUGAGGACACAUUCACCGUCACCUCCCUGUAGUGCCAACUGAAGUGCCGACUGGACCUCGAGGUUUUGUUCCUGGCUUUCAGAAAAUCAACGCCAAGACCCCUCCCAGCGUCCACAUCGUCCUCCUCUGCCUGCCCCUCUGCCUCCUGCCGCCCACCCCCUGCCCGCACCCCCUGCAGCCCUGUCCCCUGCUCCCACCCCUCCCUGUCCAUCUCCUCCACGCAGAAGCCGAAGGUGAGCCCUUUCUGCACAAAACCAGCAAUUGUAAAUACUUUUUAAAAAUGUACAAAACUUAAAAAACAAAACACAGUUUUAGAAAAAGACAAAAAAAAAGAGAGAGAGAGAGCGCGCGCGUGUGCAAGAGGUUGCGAGCGGGGCCUCACGGUGUCCAGAGCCCCUGCAAGUAUGCACUGAGAAAUUUAUCUACAGGUCGUUUGACAAAAAUGAACAAUAUCCUAUUUAUUGUAUAUACUGUUUUAUUAUAAAUCGUGGAUUGUAUAUUGCAUUCUGUAAACCUGCUGUGGUCCCGUGGUGUGCAAAUUCGCAUGGUGGGGGGGAGGGAGAAGAACCUCUUGCGGGAGCUUUAUUUUUUUCUUUCUUUCUUUCUUAUUUUUCACUCUUUUGGGUUUUCUCUUCUGUUGUUGUUGUUGUUUUCUGUUGGCAGGACACACCCAAAGAUCCAAGUUUGUAUUAAAAAGAAAUGAAAAAAAGCAAAAAAAAAAAAAA